CUGUGGCCCAUCUCCAAUUGAUAUCCGCAUCUUCGCAUCCGCAUCCGCAUCUGCAUCCCGCCGAGGAAGUGGCCAAUCCGCCCACCAUGUCGCCCAAAUACACACAUGCGAUUGUGGCCAGAAUCUCGGAUGCCCUGCUGGAGAACGGGGAGUUCGACGUGCAGCUGGCGAAGCAGCAGCACGAGCAGUACUGCACCCUCCUGAGGAGCAUUGGCCUGGACGUGAUCGAACUGCCGCCGGAUGACCAGCUGCCCGAGGGCGUCUUCGUGGAGAACAGCGCGGUGAUCUGCAAUGGAGUGGCCCUGAUUGGCAGAUCGGAGCAUGCCAAGCGGCGACGCGAGGCCGAGAGCAUGGCCAUUAUACUCAAAAAGGAGCUAGACAUUCCGGUCAUCGAGAUUGAGGAUCCGCAUGCGCAACUCGAUGGCGGAGAUGUGCUUUUUACGGGACGCGAAUUCUUUAUUGGAAUCUCUGGCUUUACCAACGAGGAGGGCGCCAGGGCGGUGGCCAUGGCCUUUCCCGAGUAUCCAGUGACGCCGAUUCGGGUAAACGGUGCCAAGAGGCUGAAGUACUACGUGACCAUGGCGGGACCGGAUGUGCUGGCCGUCAGCAGCAGCGUCACCUGCCAGGACAUCGUGAAGCGGAUGGAGCGGGUGGGCAGCUUCACCUACCAGAAGCUGACUUUGCCCGAGGAGAGCGCGGCCAAUAUGCUGUACAUCAACGGAACGAUUGUGCACAGAUCGCCGACGGAGAUUCCAGAAGCCUACAAGACUUUAAAAGAGAAAAUCGACAUUCCAACACGCAACAUAAACAUUAGCGAAUUUAGCCAAUAUUCCAGCGGACUGACCUCGUCGUGUUUGCUGCUGCGACGCUGGAAGUCCAUCCGGAGUCUGUGAAUCUCCGGGAGCCGCAGAGUGAGAAGCAUUGCCAUGAGAAACAUGCACAACGGGCCCAGGGAGUCGGAUCUUUGGGGCAUCAGCAAUAUCGUAUUAUCUUAUUAUAGUUUACACACAUCUCUUGUUAUUGUUACAACUUAAGAUUAAACCUUUAAACGCUAAUCAAACUGAUGAUAAUCGGCA